UUCCUCAACGCUCCGGACACGUGGUGGCGCUGUGGACAGAUUCCCUCUCGCUUUCCGUCGCUCUUUCGCGGCUGUCAUGGCGGCGUGCAGGGCGCUCGUGAGUCGCGCUGUUUUACCUGUGCAUUACCAUCAUGUGUGCAGAGGAGUGAUGCUCACACACAUCAGAGAGAAGAAGAGAUGGAUGAAGGCUUACUCGCUCAUCAUGGAGAGGAAGAGAAAGAUGGAGGGACCUCCACCUCCAAAGCCACGGUCAGUAGAACAUCUCAAGGCCACUCUCCGUGACUCAAAUCAUAGUGAGCUGCCUACAUUACGUUUUAGUAUUAGAGACCUGGAUUUCCUGGUGACUCAGCUAAUCGGGAAAGAUCUGGUUGACCUGUGGAAAGUGGUUGAUCCCACGGGGCUGCUGGUUAAAGAGUUGACCUGUAUAGGUAUAGCUCUCCCCGAGCCCCGCCUCAUCCAGUCCGCCGGCGCCAGCACUGUCCUCCCUCUCUAUUUCGUCGGGCUUUACAGUGACGGUAAGCUGCUGGCUCAGGGUCCAGGCGAGACUGUCCUGGCGGCUGAAGAAGAGGCAGCACGCGUGGCUCUGAGGAAACUCUACGGCUUCACUGAGAACCGCAGACCAUGGGACUACACUGCCCCCCAUGAGCAGCUCCAGAAGCCCAGCGCACAGGCUCUUACCAGCGGAUAAAUGACAUUGACUACAAGAGACAAUGUUUUGUACUGUAGCUUAAAGAGCAGAUUCCAGUGGGACACUUUUUGAAGAUCCGACAUUCAUCAUCAUCUCCUUCAUCACAACUACAUGUAGAGGGAAACUUGAUUUAUUUUGCUGAAAUGUGGCUGUGGAGUUACUGGAGUCUAAAUCAAUAUGCCACAAAAGAAUGAAACUCUUGAUGUACCACAGACUAUGGCAAUAAAACUUUAUAUACAUCUA